AUGGCAGACGCCCUUUCAUGGCUUGACCCUUGCGAAGGUGACACAAUUGAAGGGGUCGAUGUAUCCAUCCACAAGUUCCAAGUUUACCUGAAUGCAAGUCCACCUAGAGUUAAGCAGAUCAAGAAUGAAACCGCUAAAGACCGAGAACUUCAUUCUCUCAAGGCGUUUGUCACCCAAGGAUGGCCUGAGAAGAGAGUGGAAUGUCCCAGCCAUUUGCAUCCGUAUUGGAACUAUCGAGAUGAGUUAACUGUUUUUGAUGGAGUGAUUCUAAAGGGCACUAGGAUCUUAUUUCCUAAGAGUUUACAGGCUGAAGUCUUGGAUCAGCUCCACUACGCUCACCAAAGAAUCGAAAAAUGUAAACUCAGAGCUAAGGGUAAAUUUCUAUUGGUGCGAAAACCUAGCAAUUUGGAGUUGUCCACAACAAUUGCACACUUGAAAGGGAUCUUUGAAGAACAUGGAAUCCCCGAUACUUUGAUCACAGGAAAUGAUACGCAGUUUAUGUCUGCAGCGUUCCAGGAGUUCUGCCGUGUCUAUGGGUUUGCUCAUGUUGCUACCCCAAUCGAGACCCCAAAGUCUUACGUUGUGAAAUUAACCAAUGAAAGUACACUGAAAAGAAAUCGCUGGCACAUUCGUCCAACAGGGGAAAAUUUUGGAACAAUGUCACCAGACAUGCCCUCAUCAUCGUUACCUGACCUUGUAAGUCCUUCUGAUGUUGAUAGCAGUACAGCCAAUGGACCUAAUGAACCUUCAUCUCCACCUAAACCACAGGAAGAUCCAAGGACCCCACCACUUCGAAGUUCAUCCAGGAUGGUUAAGCCCCCAGGGAGACUUCAUUUAUGA